GCAAUAUAUGAACAUCGUCGAAUUGCCUGUCCGUGUUUUUAUUAGGGGCCUGGAAUGCGUUAGUCACCAACGCCAACAGGUACACGCGAGAAGGCACGGAUUUUUUAUUUGGAGGACGAAGCACAGCUGCUGGAUGAUUAUAUUUUAACAGGUACUUACAUAUGUAUGUGGAACAGGAUACCUGCACAUCCCGCACGUUAAUAUAAAAGACCCAAUAAGCAUGAGAUUGGCAGUCAAUUGGUUCCGAUGCCUCGACGUAGACACUCACGCUAUAUCUUUGAGACUGCGGAAAAUUGGCGAACAUUUCGCCAUGAGCUUGUGAUAAACAAUCUGCGCAUCAAUUGCCAAAGCUGUCAUAGUCGAGUGGCUGCCAACGAGCCUUACAGUCAUCACUGGCUGGAGGGAGAGGACGCAACGCAUAUAAAGCUUAGCCUAGAGGAGAAGCUAGUGCUCAGGCGCAUCGAACGCGAACGCAUUGAAUGCUUUUUGCUCUGCGAUGAGAGCGCCUCCGAACGUACGAGCGACUUCCUGCUGGAAGCUGGCACAGACGCUGUGCCGCAGCUGCUCCGUUUUCUCUUCUACGAAGCUACCAGAAUGGGCGUGACGAUUGGCUUCUUUGUGAAGAUCAACCAGAAACGCGAGCAUAUGUACUAUGAGACCAGCGAGGUGCAGAUAUCACAUUUUCUUGACAUAAACGAAACCGUGGAUUUACUUUUUUCAUUGCUGCUGGAGAAGAUUAGCAAUUAUCUGGCAUUGCAGCACAAUUCCGAUCUGGAGGGAUUCUUUGUCAAACGCCUGAAAGUGACGGUGAAACGACAGUGGACCGACGGAGAGUUGCAAUUGCCGCUGCAGUAUCGUGUGAAAUGCGAUGUGAAUCGCGUUCAGAGCAAUAAUUUGACGCCCGUGGACAUGACAUUGCUCACGGACAGCUAUUUGAGAUAUCAAGGAAAACAAUUUGGCGAUUUUCCUGCUUCGUUGCGCGUAAAUCUUUAUUGCUUUCGCAUGUGUGCCAGCUCAAAGGAGCUAUAUGCCGUGCCAUAUUUACUGACGAGCGACGACGUCAACAACACGCCCACUUUUAUAAUACAGAACGAUGUGACGGGCGAAUUUCGCGGCUUGCACGAGAUCCGCAAUAUUCGCCAUUUUCUACGCGCCGAUUCACAGGAUCACUUGUUUGUGUGUCGACUGUGUAAGACGCACUUUGCCGAUCGGGCUAUGUUCGCUCUGCACAAGCAAAUAAAUUGUGGGAGCGGCUUUGUUGUGUGGCAAAUGGACGAGCCGACAGUAGAAUUACAUGCAAAUUGUUUCGUGCUGCCUAAACAGUAUUUUAAACAUGCCUGGUUUGGACUGGGCAGGUAACAAAAUGCAAUAAA